UGCCGAACCACGCGUCUCCGCAAGAAGAAAAACAGAGCGAGAGCAGGAAAGAGGGGGAGAAAAAGAGAGAGAGGGAGAAAGAGAGCAGAAAGCCACAGAAAGCAGUAAGAAGCUGGCCCACUCAUUUCUGUUGCUCUGGUGAUGUCACGAGCAUGUGACCCUGCCUCUCCAGUGACAGCUUUUUUGAAGGGAGGGAAAAAAAAGAGAGAUUUUAAAGCUUCUGCCGUUUUGGGUUUCUGUGAAGGCUUUGCUCACCUCCUGAGCAACCACAGAACCACAGGAGUUCAGAUCAGAAUUUUUGCACCGGGCAGCACGUAAAUGGUUAAUUGUCGCAGGUCAGCCUCAGGCGUAAGGAGCGCACCAGUCAUUGAGGACGCCUCAAAGGUCAUCAAAACCAUAGAGAAACAAAAUUUAUCCGUGGAGCAGCUGACGGUGGCGGCAAUGGCAUCAAACAGCCUCUUCAGCUCUGUGACACCUUGCCAGCAAAACUUCUUUUGGGAUGCGUGCGCGACUCGGCGCUUCAGCCCCCCGUCCAGCAGCCUGCAGCCGCUCCCGGCCAAAAUGAACGAGGUGAGCAGCAGCAGCAGCAGCAGCAGCAGUGGAGGCAGCGGUGGGAUUAACAGCAUUAGCGGCGGGAAUGCCGGAGGUGGAACCGGGCAACACGACGCGAGACUGCGGCCGCUUGAAAACCGCUCCAUGGCAGAAAUCAUCGCCGACCAUCCCGCCGAGCUCGUGCGCACCGACAGCCCCAACUUCCUCUGCUCCGUGCUGCCCUCUCACUGGAGGUGCAACAAAACGCUGCCGGUCGCCUUCAAGGUCGUGGCUCUAGGGGAUGUUCCAGAUGGCACUGUUGUCACUGUGAUGGCUGGGAACGAUGAGAAUUACUCAGCAGAGUUGCGCAAUGCUUCAGGUGUGAUGAAGAACCAGGUGGCUCGAUUCAAUGAUCUACGCUUUGUGGGACGCAGUGGAAGAGGAAAGAGCUUCACCCUGACAAUUACAGUGUUCACAAACCCACCACAAGUGGCCACUUACCACAGAGCCAUUAAGGUCACAGUGGACGGACCGCGUGAGCCAAGGAGGCACAGGCCGAAGUUGGACGAUUCACCGAAGGCGGGCCUGUUCUCUGACCGCCUGAGCGAGCUAGAACGCAUCCGACAGAGCACCAUGAGGGUGGCUGUGCCAACACAAACCCCCCGGACUUCACUCAACACCACCAACUCGUUCUCUCCUCAGGGCCAGGGCCAAAUCUCAGACCCACGGCAGUCACAGUCGUCCCCUCCGUGGUUUAAUGACCAAGCGUAUUCAUCGUACCUGAGCCCCAUGGCGUCCCCCUCGGUGCACUCUACAACCCCUCUGUCCUCCAGUCGUGCCACCGGCCUGCCUUCCAUCAACGAUGUUCCCCGCCGCCUGCCAGGUAACCUCCAGCCUCAGGCCCCUGCAGGUUCAACAGAUCUGACUCCUUUCCCUGGGCAGUUUGAGCGCCAGUUCCCCGGAUUCUCCUCCCUCACUGAGAGCCGAUUCUCCAGCCCACGGAUGCACUACCCGGCAACGUUUACCUACACGCCCACCCCUGUCACCACAGGCAUGUCUCUGGGCAGUGCCCAUUACCACACAUAUCUGCCCCCGCCAUACCCAGGCUCCACUCAGAGCCAGAGUGGACCAUUCCAGAGCAGCAGCACCCCCUAUCUCUACUAUGGGGCCUCCUCUGGCUCCUACCAAUUCUCGAUGGUACCUGGGGGGGAUCGCUCACCCUCCAGGAUGCUGCCCACCUGCACUAGUGCCUCCACGGGUGCCUCGUUGAUCAAUGCCAGUCUUCCCGUGCAGGCUGAUGGAGGGAGCGGUGUGGAGGAGGACGGUAGCCACAGCAACUCUCCAACUGUGCUCAAUCCAGCAGGGAGAAUGGAUGAAGGAGUGUGGCGGCCAUAUUGACGGAAUCAAAACAAAACAAAAAAAAAAACAGGACCAUGUGCCUGUCAGACAGGUGAAAUUCAAACCAGAGACAUGGUUUUAAAGCACAAACCCUACCAGGACCCUGGUCCUAUCUUGCUGAGACAUUCUCUUUUGCCUUGUUUAUUUUUAAUCUUCAUAAAAUAUGUCACUUUUGAGGAGUAUUUAUGGAACAAGGUUCUUCAAAGGGUAUUUAAGUAGAAACUCUCAUGGCAGUUAUUGUUAUUUGUAUACCUGUAAUACAAAUUCCAUUCCUCUGAAACCAAUAGCUUAUAGAUAAAACGUGUAUGGUUAGAAAAAGCUAUGAGUGGUUUGUUAGCUCUUUGAAAGAAAAAAAAAAGGUACACAGCCUUAACAUAUGUUUUACAUGCAGUUUAAAGCACUGAGCAGCAGUUGGUUUCAAUUGAAUAUGUCAAACCAAAUUUGUUUUUUAGGAAUAAUUUUCUUUUUUUUUUUUAACUUAAGUAAUUUAAAUUAUGCAUAUUUGAUGAACAAAUAUUGAGUUGUAAGUUAUAAAGCCAUAACUUAAGUAAUGUAUUUGAACUUGAUUCAUAGACGGAAUAUUUUUGUAAUGCAUCUAUGUUCAAGUUAAUAAUGAAAUUGAUAUGUAAUUUAAAGAUACAUUUUCUGUGCCUUAAGCCAUUUUUUAAAACUAUUUUUCUUCUGUGUAUACUGAGAUAGGUCUCCUAUAUCUGCAUAUAGUACAUUAUGAAAAGUUCUAUUCUUAUAUAGCAGAUAGUCUUGCCAGUCUUAAUUAUUGCUUUAUUGCUCAGUACAAAAAAGCUCUGAUGCUAUUUCAUGUUUGAAUUCAAACCAAAAAAGGCCACAUUCAUUUAGAAACUGUUUAUUGAUUAUACCAUACUUCUUUCAAUUUGUAUGCAUCAUGCUCAGAUAUAUCUGUCAGCGUUAAACCUAGUGUAAGCUGAAAACGGUUGCAGUCCAUUUGGACAGAAAUAAGGGCUAUAACAGGAAAACUACUAAAGCCUCUGCACAUUAAGGGGCCUGCUGUGCACCCACCUGAAGACUGGAUCAGUUUACUGGAGCCUAAUGAAAGCCACACAUGACGUGAAAAUAUCGUUUAUCCUCAAUAUGGUAUUGCUCAGUGUAAUGGCAGCUAAAAUCCUCCCCAUGGAACAUCAGUGAUUUUUGAUAUGUCUGAAUUCAAUUUAGGUACAUUUUUGGCUAAUCUAUACUUUUGCUGGAGAUUACGGUUGCACAUUGUUAUUUGUUUUAAUUAUUAAAGUAAUCCAAUGCCCUCUGUAGCUAUUGAUCCAAGACCAGAAUUAAGUCCCGGACUAGAUUCUCUGAAUCAGCUCUAUGUCCACUUUGGUAUUAAUGCUGUUUUUAGUAACAAAAAAGCAAGAUAAAUGUAUUUACUGUAGGUUUAAAUAGCACUUGUUCGAGUUUAAAAUUGUGUAAUAUUGUGGUAUGACAACCAAGCCUACCCGUUUCACUUAUUCCAGACUGGAUUUUUUUUAAUUAUUAUUAUUUUUUAAUAAUAUGUAGGGUUUUGUUUACCCUUCAUGCAAUGUUCUGUGCAGUCAUUCCAGCAACAGUUAGACUCAUCUUUUCAUUUGUUUUACUACAGUGCCUUAUAUUAUACACCGCACACAAACAGAGAAACAGUGUAAUGGGUACGUUGUGUGUCAAAUUCAGAUGUAUGCAUUUAUGAGACUUGGAAUGCUACUGUAUAAAGCAUGUUUCUAAAGAUCAGUUUUCUCAGAAAGAUAAGCAAAGCACUUAGUCAUUUAUGCAGUUCAAUCAUGUCAACACGCCACUCAGUUUAAUGGGCUUAACUGUACUGAUGUUACCCGGAAAUGUUCUAAUUUGAAUUCUAGGUUUCUAAGGAACAUACAGGAGACAUACAAUUUACACUAUUUGUUAUCUCUGGUGAGUUAUGAUCAGUUCUGUCAAAUAAAUAUGUCAUUGUAUGGACCUGAGUAUCUGUGAGAGUGGGCAGAGAUGAAAAUUUGUUUACAAAGUGUUUACAAUAUUGUGAGUGUAGAUAGUUAUUGUAUGAGGAAAAUAUACCCCCACUGCAUUUGUGCUUAUUAUUCAUUUUCCUUUUUCCUAAAAUAUUUAUCCUCCCUGGUUAAUCUACCAGAAGGGGCGGGAAUGUCGGGUCGGUGGAUGUUUUAUGA